UUUUAUUGUUGUGCUUUUUUCUCUCUCUUUUUUUUAAGAACCCGUGAACGUUUUUUUUUCCCCCCUCGGGGGCUUCCGAAUAUGUUUUAUGACGGUUGAUUUUACACCAGGAGGUUUGUCUCCGAGGAAGACGCAGGAAACUGGAUAUCUAGCGAGAACUUCCUUCGGAUUCCCCAGCGCCUCGGGAAAAUGGGAGCUGCUGCAAAGUUGGCGUUUGCCGUCUUUCUUAUCUCUUGUUCUUCAGGUGCUAUACUUGGUAGAUCAGAAACUCAGGAGUGUCUUUUCUUUAAUGCUAAUUGGGAAAGAGACAGAACCAAUCAAACUGGUGUUGAACCCUGUUAUGGUGACAAAGAUAAAAGGCGACAUUGUUUUGCUACCUGGAAGAAUAUUUCUGGUUCCAUUGAAAUAGUGAAACAAGGUUGUUGGCUGGAUGAUAUCAACUGCUAUGACAGGACUGAUUGUAUAGAAAAAAAAGACAGCCCUGAAGUCUACUUUUGUUGCUGUGAGGGCAAUAUGUGUAAUGAAAAGUUUUCUUAUUUUCCGGAGAUGGAAGUCACGCAGCCCACUUCAAAUCCAGUUACACCUAAGCCACCCUAUUACAACAUCCUGCUCUAUUCCUUGGUGCCACUUAUGUUAAUUGCGGGGAUUGUCAUAUGUGCAUUUUGGGUAUACAGGCAUCACAAGAUGGCCUACCCUCCUGUACUUGUUCCAACUCAAGACCCUGGACCACCCCCACCUUCUCCAUUACUAGGUUUGAAGCCACUGCAAUUAUUAGAAGUGAAAGCAAGGGGAAGAUUUGGUUGUGUUUGGAAAGCCCAGUUGCUCAAUGAAUAUGUGGCUGUCAAAAUAUUCCCAAUACAGGAUAAACAGUCAUGGCAAAAUGAAUAUGAAGUCUAUAGUUUGCCUGGAAUGAAGCAUGAGAACAUAUUACAGUUCAUUGGUGCAGAAAAACGAGGCACAAGUGUGGAUGUAGACCUUUGGCUAAUAACAGCAUUUCAUGAAAAGGGCUCACUGUCAGAUUUUCUUAAGGCUAAUGUGGUCUCUUGGAAUGAACUGUGUCAUAUUGCAGAAACCAUGGCUAGAGGAUUGGCAUAUUUACAUGAAGAUAUACCUGGCCUAAAAGAUGGCCACAAACCCGCUAUAUCUCACAGGGACAUCAAAAGUAAAAAUGUGCUGUUGAAAAACAAUCUGACGGCUUGCAUUGCUGACUUUGGGUUGGCGUUAAAAUUUGAGGCUGGCAAGUCUGCAGGUGACACCCAUGGACAGGUUGGUACCCGGAGGUAUAUGGCUCCAGAGGUAUUAGAGGGUGCUAUAAACUUCCAAAGGGAUGCAUUUUUGAGGAUAGAUAUGUACGCCAUGGGAUUAGUCCUGUGGGAACUGGCUUCUCGCUGUACUGCUGCAGAUGGACCUGUAGAUGAGUACAUGUUGCCAUUUGAGGAAGAAAUUGGCCAGCAUCCGUCCCUUGAAGAUAUGCAGGAAGUUGUUGUGCAUAAAAAAAAGAGGCCUGUUUUAAGAGAUUAUUGGCAGAAACAUGCUGGAAUGGCAAUGCUUUGUGAAACGAUAGAAGAAUGUUGGGAUCAUGAUGCAGAAGCCAGGUUAUCAGCAGGAUGUGUGGGUGAAAGAAUUACCCAGAUGCAAAGACUCACAAAUAUCAUUACUACAGAGGACAUUGUAACAGUGGUCACGAUGGUGACAAAUGUUGACUUUCCUCCCAAAGAAUCUAGUCUAUGAUGGUUGCACCAUUUGUACACACUGAGCAAUGGGACUCUGAACUGGAGCUGCUAAGCUAACAAAACUGCUUACAGUUUUAUUUUCUGUGUGAAAUGAGUAGGAUGCCUCCUGGAAAUUUAAGAAAGCAGCCCCUUGUUGAAAAAAAUGUGGCUCUGGGAGACUGCUGCAUUGCCUGCAGCACAGAUGUGAAGGACAUGAGACUAAGAGAAAAACUGCAAACUCUAUAAAGAAACUUUUGAAAAAAUGUACAUGAAGAAUGUGGCCCUCUCCAAAUCAAGGAUCUUUUGGACCUGGCUAAUCAAGUGUUUGAAAACUGACAUCAGAUUUCUUAAUGUCUGUCAGAAGACACUAAUUCCUUAAAUGAACUACUGCUAUUUUUUUUAAAUCAAAAACUUUUCAUUUCAGAUUUUAAAAAGGGUAACUUGUUUUUAUUGCAUUUGCUGUUGUUGUUUCUAUAAAUGACUAUUGUAAUGCCAAUAUGACACAGCUUGUGAAUGUUUAGUGUGCUGCUGUUCUGUGUACAUAAACAAAGUCAUCAAAGUGGGGUACAGUAAAGAGGCUUCCAAGCAUUACUUUAACCUCCCUCUCAACAAGGUAUACCUCAGUUCCACGGUUGCUAAAUUAUAAAAUUGAAAACACUAACAAAAUUUGAAUAAUAAAUCGAUCCAUGUUUUGUAACAAGUUAUUACAAAUUCACUGUGUUAUUUAAGAAAAAAAAAAAAGUAAGCUAUGCUUAGUGCCAAUAGUAAGUGGCCA